AUGACCAGCGACCGAUCAGAACGAGCCGCAAAACCACAACCCCCAGGACCCCAAAACCACCUCUAUUUCGACUCCUGGCAGUCAGCCUCAACGGGUCACCAGCAUGCAGCCGACGGCGGCGGUUUCCUCGGUUCAACAUCAUGGCGAGAUGCGCGUUCGGCGAAAUUGACCAGGCAGUAUAAUAGUGGGGAUUGUCUUCCAGGACGGGGAAGGGGAUCGGGAUCGGGCCUUCGGAAUACAGAAACACGAGAGUCAACGCUUGUACCCGGGGUGUUCGAUGGGCAAUGCGCGCCGCACUCGCCGCCCAAAGUCCCUGCUUCCGGUGAGUGGGCUAUGGUAGCUGGGGAUGUGGCAAAGCGGAACGAACUCGGUGUUCGGGACAUCCGGUCGUUUAUGGGUGUUAGCAAGAGGAAGGUUGUGGAUGAGCCCGAGCAGCAUACCGAUGUGGAGACGAAGAGACUUAGGACUGUUGGAGGGAACCGGGGGUUGACUCCAGCUCGAGAUGCAAGGGAAAUGAAAAAGAGAGAAUCUCAAAUAGAUGGCAACCCCCAACCCGAGUCCCACUCUAGCGCCAGUCUUGAUUUAAAGUCGACUUCGCGUAUCUUCGCUGGUGUUACGGUAUUCAUCAAUGGCUCCACACUUCCUCGAAUUUCGGAGUACAAACUCAAACAUUUACUAGCGUCGAACGGGGCUAAGACUUCUAUUUACAUGGCCCGGAAGACGGUGACGCAUGUUCUUGUCGGACAGCCCAAUACUGGGGCUGGGAGUGGAAUGGAUGUAUCUGGUGCAGGGGGAGGCCUUGCGGCGGGCAAGCUCCAGCAGGAAAUUGCCCGUGGGGGGUGGAAAGGCGUGAAGGUUGUCAGUGUGGACUGGGCUCUCGAGAGUAUCAAAGCUGGGCGUCGUCUUGCCGAGUCCCGGUUCCCUAGUAUGCAUGUUGCCGCCAAGGGGCAGCGGAGUGUUGCUGGGAUGUUUGGUGCGCAGGAGCCGAAGAAGUGA